AUGGAACAUGGCUUCUAUCCUCAACACUUUGGUUGUCACAGCAUUUCUUAUCAGAAAGCAAUAGGUGGUGAUCCCACUGGUGCUGGAAAAGGAGGAGCAUCUAUAUAUGGGCGCAACUUUUCCGAUGAACUACAUGACGAAUUAAAACAUACAGGUGCUGGCAUACUAUCCAUGGCAAACUCAGGGCCAAACACUGAUGGAUCUCAGUACUUCAUAACACUAGCCCCAACAAAAUGGCUUGAUGGCAAGCACUCAAUAUUGGGUGAACGAAAGGGGGGCCGAAAAGAUGCCAACGGCCGAAAAGAUGACAAUAAAAAGUGCAGUGCGUAG